AUGAAGUUCUCGGAUUUCCUGGACGCCAUCGGCGACGAGGUGGAGGAUGCGGAGGAAGAAGCGUUUCUUCUCUUCUCACAAGAUAUCCCUUCGCAGAACCUCGGCUUCGUCGACUCCCAGUCACACUCCGUUGAGAUAUCUGUGCACGAUCGAGACCUUACGAUUCGCCAGUCACCAACGUUACUCUCUUCCAGGCGGGCGGGGGGGACUACAGGGGCAGUUCUUUGGAAGAUCACUCCAAUAUUUGCACAGUGGCUUUGCCAGCAAACCAAUAUUCUCUGGGAAGCAUGCGUUCUUCGUCAAGACUCUUCAGCAAUAGAACUGGGAUGCGGCGUUGCGGGCGUCCUGGCGCUUUCGCUCGGGCCUUCCAUCAGACUGUAUACCGCUACAGACCAGGAAUAUGUCCGGAAGCUGUUUCAAGAAAAUAAGGAGCAAAACUAUCAGCCUGGAUCGGGAUACCACGCUGCAAAGCAGGCGAGCGCUGCUCAUUCCCGUAAUACUAAUCAUCCUCGUUUUUACAAAUCGAAUAGCAACACUACGGGCCGCCUUUCCGCUGAUUCCCACUCCCGCUCACGCACUAGACAUCAUACCCAUUCAAAUACCCUAAGUAAAAGUCCUAGUUCUCGUUCCGGGAAGUCAAACCAGAAUAUUCACUUCAUGCCACUUGAUUGGGAGACCGAUACUGCGUCUGAUCUAGUGGCUACUGCUCCAGAUGGGUUUGACGUGCUUCUCGCUUGUGACUGCAUCUAUAAUGAUGCGCUUAUUGCUCCAUUUGUGCAGACCUGUGUGGAUGUGGCGCGUCUUCGCCCUUCGCUCGGAGUGUCCGCAGCUCAGGGAUAUGGUGACGCGCUUUUGAAGCCCACAGUGUGCAUUAUUGCUCAACAGCUACGCGCCCAUGAAGUAUUCGAGAGUUGGCUUCGCACAUCAUGUGCCGACUUUGCGGUAUGGAGGGUGAAGGAUGAGGUUUUGGGGACGGGGCUGGGCACAGGAUCAGGGUAUGUUGUUCAUGUCCUUGUGCUGAGAGAAUAG